UUAUUGCAUUGGACAUCGUCAAAAAUGGAAGGUCGGUGGGAAACCCUCCCGGUUUCUCUCAGUAAAUCAACUCAUGAGACUCUGGAAAGGAUGGGAUUUGACCUAAUGACACCUGUACAGGCUGCUGCAAUUCCACUUUUCAUGAAGAACAAAGAUGUAGCGGCAGAAGCAGUCACAGGAAGCGGGAAGACUUUAGCAUUCAUAAUCCCCAUCCUAGAGAUAUUGAUGAGAAGAGAAACACCACUUAAGAAGAAUGAGGUGGGAGCGUUUGUUCUUACACCAACGAGGGAGUUGGCUCUUCAGAUUGACGAGGUCCUGUCGGAGUUUACGUCAUCGUUGCCUCAGUUCACACAGCACCUUGUUGUUGGUGGCAGCAACCUCACAAACGACAUCAAGCAAAUACAAGAAAAAGGAGCCAACAUUAUUGUUGCGACCCCAGGACGACUUGAAGAUUUAUUCACACGUAAGGAGUUUGGUCUGAACCUGCCCUCGAUGGUCCGAUCCUUGGAGGUUCUUGUACUGGAUGAAGCAGACAGGUUACUAGACAUGGGCUUCAAAACAAGCAUCAACAUGAUCCUGAGCUACCUGCCGAAGCAGAGACGAACAGGUCUUUUCUCGGCAACGCAGACAGACGAGGUGGAGGCGCUGAUCCGCGCUGGUCUGAGAAAUCCCGUCCGCAUCACGGUCAAGGAGAAGAAGAUUGCCUCCAUGGCUGCACAGAGGACUCCAACAACUCUAAAAAACUACUAUUUGGUUUGUGAAAGUGAUGAAAAAUUCAACUUGUUGAUAGCUUUCCUUCGCAAACACAAGGAUGAGAAGCACAUGUUGUUCUUCAGUACCUGUCACUGUGUGGAUUAUUUCACUAAGGCCCUAGUUGAGAUCUUAAAGAAGACCACGAUCCUCUCACUCCAUGGUAAGAUGAAGAGACGACGAAACGCCAUCUUCUCAGAAUUCAGAAGACUCAACAGCGGUGUGCUGGUCUGUACAGACGUCAUGGCCAGGGGGGUGGACAUCCCAGAAGUAAACUGGGUACUGCAAUAUGACCCGCCCAGUAGUGCAAGUGCCUUUGUACAUCGUUGUGGCAGGACGGCUAGAAUAGGUAACACCGGUAAUGCGUUGGUGUUCCUGCUUCCUUCUGAAGAUACAUACGUAGACUUCAUUAAGAUCAACCAGAAGACGCCACUACAGAGAUAUAACACAGAAGAUGAAUUAGAAAUCACAGACAUUCUUCCGAAGCUGAGGAAAAUCGCACAGAAAGACAGGGCAUUGUUUGAGGGUGGAACCAGAGCAUUUGUGUCAUUCGUUCAAGCGUACUCCAAGCAUGAGUGCAGCCUAAUCUUCAGAAUCAAAGACCUAGACUUUUCAAGACUAGCCAAGGGUUUUGCGCUCUUACGUAUGCCAAGGAUGCCUGAGCUUAGAGGCAAGAACUUCCCUGACUUUGAGACAAUAGUAGUAGACUACAGCACCAUUCCUUACAGGGAAAAGGCCAGAGAAAAGCAAAGACAAACCAACCUGAAACGAUCAGACGAGAACUCACAGAGCAAGAAAAAACAUCACAAGAAAAAAGUUUUGCCGUGGUCAAAGCAGUCUGAGCAAAAAGAAAAACGACAAGAUCGGAAACAACGUAAAGAAAAUGCCAAAAGGAAAAAACGACAGCUGGAAGAGGAAGAUUUGGAUGAGUUGAUUCAAGACGCAAGACUUGUAAAGAAACUACGAACUGGAAAGAUAACAGAUGCAGAGUUUGACAAACAAAUGGGUUUAGAAGAUGACAGGCCAGUGGUGGAGGAGAUGAAGCAAUUGGCGAAAUGAUACACAAGAAGAAGCUACUGGGGCUGUGGAAUAUUUCCAGCUGUUUCCACCCACCCUCAAAUGUUGUCGGUUGGACACAGAAUUAUAUUUAUCUUUUAAGACAGUUUAAAGAAAUAUCAAAGAAAAAUCUGCAUGUAAUGACUGGGUUCUUUUAAGCACCGUUAACUGAGGUCACAAAGUGCUGUGGGUAGCGUUUAAGUCUAGGCAAGGGCCAAUGAUUAGCGAGUGGUUGUUUAUAGUGAUGUACGUAUAGGGCUUGUUUGUGCACAGAAGUUUUAGAGAAAAUGACUCUAGUCAUGUCAUGUCAAUGCGAUCGACGACUUUUGCUAUAACUGGUCCACUCUGUACUGUGCUAUAGAAACAGCUAUGAUAACCAGUGAUGCGACCAUGCUCGGAAAGCUGGUUCCAAAUUGUCGACUACCGUAGUCAAACCAUCGACAACUAGGCAGAGUUUGAGUAAACUUAGUCGAAAUAAGGUCAAAAUAGUCAGGCAUGAACUUGGCCAAUGUAUGAGAGUUAUACAGAGCUGUUUUGGUUUGUGAAACUCAUGGCGUCUGGGACACAGUUGGCUAGUGUCUAAAGCGCUCGCCUAUCACCGCUGCAGCCCUGGUUCGAUUUCCUGCUUAGGGUUUUUAUAUUUGAGAAGAAUUGUGGUUGGAUGUGCAUUUAUAUUCCUGUGGCUUGAACCUGAUCUUGCUGUGUGCUUCGCAAUUCAGCUUUUGAGGAAACAUUUCUGAAGUUGGGUGCUUGAUUUGAAAUGAUUAUUAUUGUUUAAGAUUUGUGGUAAAGGCACAGAAAGAAAGAUGGAAGAAGAAGAAAGAAGGUGAAGAAAUUAAAUAAACCAUCUUUUUGUACAAGGAGGUGUAUUUGUCGGUAGAGUGGGUGUUAAGUUUGGGCAGCUAAACAAUCUACUUUUGCGAACCUGUGUAAAUGCAGAAAAAAAUAUAUAUAUGAAAAGUGUACCUGUACUUUUGUAAAAUUUCAAUUGAAUAAACAAAGGUAAAUAA